AAGGAAAGGAAAAGAAAGGAAAGAGAAGAAAGCGGAGAGGAGAAGAGAAGAUAAGAGAAGAGGAGAGGGGAGGAGGAGGAGCAGAGUCUAGUUAGGAUAUUAGUCACAAAGACAGUCACAGAGCUUUUUUUUUGUAUCUAAGUGUGUGUAUUUUCCCAAGAAAAGAGUUGCCCAUGUACACACUGUAAUCAUAUAUAAAUCAACCCUCUACAUUUCCUUCAAUAAUGCCUAUAUUACAUCACAUUGUUAUUAUUAUUUUUUUAUUGUUACUAUUCUCUUCUCUUUUGAACUUUGACUGAGAAGAAGGCAAGUACAAGCAAGCAAGAGAGAGAAGAGGCUUCUUUCCUUGCAGCUUUCGGCGCUCUUUCUCUCUUUCCCUCCUUCCAGAUUUGGCCAGCUCUUCUCUUGCUUCCCCUUUUUUUUAUUUAUAUAUACACUAUUAUAAAAAUAUAUCUACUCUUUUAGUUAUUAGAGCAACAACAAACAAGGACCAGCCAAUUCCUCUGCUUCUUUAUAUUCUACUUAAACCAAAUCAGCCUAAUCUUUAGCAAAUUGGUUUCCUUUACCACAAGCAGGUAACUUUUUUUAAGCUCACUCUCUCUUUCUAGAUCUUCCCCUUUUCUGGGUUCGUUUUAUUGGAGGGAUCUUUCCUGUGCUCUAACAGUAGCAGAUCAAGAGCACUGUGUUCAGGUUCGGUUGACCAGUCAUGAAUGAUACUUAUACAAGGGAUUCAAAGAAUUUUUUGGUACCUGGUCAAGCUUGAUCAUUGCCUUGUCUAUGCUGUCUAUUGGAAUACAAGAUAUGGGCAUGCUCUGCAGUAAACAGCGUCGUUAUAAUGAAGCAGACGCUGAAGAGAAUGCACAGGCUGCAGAAAUUGAAAGGCGGAUUGAGCAAGAAACAAAGGCUGAAAGGCAUAUUCAAAAACUCCUACUACUUGGAGCUGGAGACUCUGGGAAGUCCACAAUAUUUAAGCAGAUAAAGCUACUGUUUCAAAGUGGAUUUGAUGAGUCGGAAUUGAAGAGCUAUAUCUCAGUCAUACAUGCCAAUGUCUAUCAGACAAUAAAAAUAUUGCAUGAUGGAUCAAAGGAAUUGGCUCAAAAUGAAACAGAUUCAUCAAAGUAUGUCAUAUCCAGUGAAAAUAAGGAAAUUGGAGAUAAAUUUUCAGAAAUUGGAGGUAGGUUGGAUUAUCCAUGUCUCACCAAAGAUCUUGCACAGGAAAUUGAAACUUUAUGGAAAGAUGCUGCAAUUCAGGAAACUUAUUCCCGGGGUAAUGAGCUUCAAGUUCCAGACUGUGCCCAUUAUUUCAUGGAAAAUUUGCAAAGAUUGUCUGAUGGCAAUUAUAUUCCAACUAAGGAGGAUGUUCUUUAUGCAAGAGUACGUACAACUGGUGUUGUAGAGAUCCAGUUCAGCCCUGUUGGAGAAAACAAGAAAAGUGGUGAAGUUUAUAGACUUUUUGAUGUUGGUGGCCAGAGAAAUGAGAGACGGAAAUGGAUUCAUCUAUUUGAAGGAGUUACAGCUGUAAUUUUUUGUGCCGCGAUUAGCGAGUAUGAUCAAACACUCUUUGAGGAUGAAAACAAGAACCGUAUGAUGGAAACAAAGGAACUUUUCGAAUGGGUCCUGAAGCAGCCAUGUUUCGAGAAAACAUCCUUCAUGCUGUUUCUUAACAAAUUUGAUAUAUUUGAAAAGAAGGUUCUAAAAGUGCCGCUGAAUGUAUGUGAUUGGUUCAAAGAUUACCAGCCAGUUUCAACAGGAAAACAAGAAAUCGAGCAUGCAUACGAAUAUGUCAAGAAGAAGUUUGAGGAGUUGUAUUUUCAGAGCACAACCCCUGAUCGUGUGGAUCGUGUGUUUAAAAUAUAUAGGACCACUGCCCUUGAUCAGAAACUUGUGAAGAAAACUUUCAAGCUUGUAGAUGAGACUUUAAGACGAAGAAAUCUCUUCGAAGCUGGCUUAUUGUGACCAAGAAGGAUUUACUUUUAAAGGAAAUGUUCAUAGUUUGCAGAACUUAGUACUUUGAAAAUUAAGAGUUGGAAGAAACACCUUCAUCUGAUGACUGCUGGCGUUGCAGGCUAAAAAUUUUGAAUUUUCAUUUGGUUUUACUUGCGCAUGCCCAAAGAAGAAUAUUUUACCAACCCCCCAUGAACAUGAUUUCCUUUGACUGGUAAUUUGUCUAGAGAAAGACCUUCUGAGAGGAAAUGUUUUCUUGCCUGUUCUGUUUUCAGAUAGAACAUAUAUAUGAAAGCAACCUUGUGUUCUUUCUAUUCCAACACAGAUCAUUAUCAUGUUUUUUCUGCCCUAAUUAACUUUUUUUUUAAAAAAAAUUCAGCUUCUGCAGUCAUCAGAGGAAUAUUCUUAGCUAUGUUGUGCUGGUUUAUGUUUUUAUCUUUCCCUUAGGAUGAAUCCCCUGAAUACGAAUCAGCUUGUCUAAGUGCAACUUUCUUAUUAGGAAGAUCUUUCUUGGAUCUUUUUUCUACUUGCAGCUUGUCAAACAUUUCAAUGGUGUCAAAAUUUAUUGUUCUC